AUGGCAUCCCAGAAGCAGAGCAACAAUGAUGCUAUGCCAUUUCAAAUUGUCAAGCCCAAAAUCACGCAAGAUCCUCGCUUUCGUGCCGGUUGCAAAAUGAUUGAAAGUGGUCGCGACGGAGCCAUUGAUGUCUUUGGUUUGUUGCUGGAAGAAGCACGCACAAAAUACGGAGAAGUCUCCAUUGAAACCGCACCCGCCUAUUUUGAGUAUGGCAAAGCCUUGUUUCGUGAAGCAUCGAGACAGCAGCCGGAAGAAAAUGAGGAAGAAGAAGGGGAAGGGGAGGAAGAAGAAGAUGAUGAGGAGGACCACGACAAGAAGCCAGCAGCCGUCAAGAAGGAAAAUGAAAAUGACAAUUCGCAAGAAGACAAUGGACAAGAAACAGAGAAAACCACAGAGAAAGAGAGCGUAAAAGAAGAGGAACAAGAAGUUGAAGAAAGUGAUGUGAAACAAGAAGCUGAUGAGGCUGCUGAAAAUCAAGAAGGAGAAGAGGAAGCAGCUGACAGCGACAAGGAAAACGAGGAACAAGAUGACGAUGAUGUCAAUUUGGCUCUGGAAGUGAUGGAAACCGCCUAUGCCAUUCUUGACACAUUUGUCCAAACAGCCACACAACCCACGGCACCCAAUCAAAUCUAUCUUCCGUGGGCAAAGAGACACGAAUUGCCUCGUGUUCUCUCCAAUUUGGGCGAUUUACUCUCCUUUAUGGAACGACAUGCCGAUGCCGCCGAUGCUUACACCAGGGGUUUGGCACUGCGAGAAGAAAAUCUCAAGGCAUUCGCCGACGGCGAUCGCAAAAACAUUUCAUGGUGUUUGCAAGAAUUGAAAGAGCGACGCUGUGCGGUAGAAGCUGCCGUCUUGGUGGCCACGGAACUCUUGGAUUGUCCACCGGAUGUAGAUGUGGUGACCACGGAAGCCAAGGCACUCUUGGUCAAGGCAGCGGAACGAACAUCCUUUGCAGAAGGAUACUACCAUCAAGCACGUGACCAAUUGCAAGAUGCUGUCCUGCUCAUGGCGGAGUUGGCAUCACGUUGUGAAAAGAGUAGUGUCAAGCAAGAUUUCCUCAAGGAGAAGGAAGACGUUUGCUUUGCUUCAGUCAUGGUAAUGGGAGUGGGAGAAAAGUUGAGUCAAAUCAAGGAAGGAGAUGGGACACAAGAAGAAGACCAGAAAGAGCCCGUCAAGAAGAGAGCUAAGCGAUAA